AAUACAAUUGUUGGUAAGUCCAGUAUAGAAGUACGUGAGUUGAUCGGAACAUUGAAGAGUUUCUGUAACCUUCCGAACAAAUAGACACACAUUUAAAAAAAACAAAACAAUGGAAAACAACGGGACAGACGGAAAGGGUGUUAAAUAUUAUCGAUUGUCAGAGGUGGAGGAACGGAACUCUUUUAAAAGCACAUGGAUUAUCAUUCAUAAUAAAGUGUACGACGUCACAAAGUUUCUCGAGGAGCACCCGGGCGGAGAGGAGGUGCUGCGAGAACAGGCGGGUGGAGACGCCACGGAGAGUUUCGAAGAUGUCGGCCACUCGACAGAUGCACGCGAGAUGGCCAGUUCUAUGGUCAUAGGAGAGCUGCAUCCAGAUGACAGGGACAAGCUUGCCAAACCACCGGAGUCACUUGUAACAACCGUACAAGAAAGCACAAGCUGGUGGUCGAACUGGUUGAUACCUGCUGUCGCCGCAAUAAUCGUCACGUUGAUGUACCGUAUAUACACGGCAGAGGAGGCAUGAUGGGAUGUUUUUCUCCCUCUGCUUACAACUACAGUACCCAUAAUCCAUUUCAGGUUUUCCCAUUAACAUAAAGAUUCUACUAAUGAAGGCAACUUUUGUGUUAGUUUCAAUGUUUUUACCCGUAUCCCUUGAGAUUUAAAUACUGAAAUAUGCAGAUGUUUUUAUGAUGUAUGAAAGUAUAUUUUAGAUCUAGCAUUAUAAAUAUGCAUACUAAAGAUGAAGUUUUGAUUGUCUAAUUGUCUAAUUGUUUUCUGUUGUGUAAUACUACAUGUAUACCAUUUGUUCAGUUGAAAUAUCCAAGCUGAAGUUGGGAAUAUCCUGAAUAUAAUCACAUACAUAAACACAACAAACAAAUAAUUUAGUUUCACUUGAAAUGUGGUUAAUCUUCAUGUCAUUGCAAGUUGAUUGUACUUGGACCGGAGAGAAAUGAUACAAAUCUAUUUCAGAUUUUUCUUUUGACUUUGGAGGGACAUACAAUCCGGACAUGUUCAACAUGUGAUUGUACACAACCUAACCAAAAAUAUGUGCUUCAUUAGACAAUCAGCUAGAAGUCACCACAUGUUAUUAUCUGUAUGGAAGAGCAAUGCAUUUUUUACUUCCAGUUAUACAUUGAUGUGCCAUUUAAAUGCAUAUUAGUGUACCACCUUUGAACGGUGCUUACGCAUUCCCUUUUUGGUUUAACAAAACUGAAUGUUAUAUACUUGUAUGUGAUAUAAGAUACAAGCAGAUUUCCAGUAGAAACAUCCUUCCAGGUGUUUACAGUGUGUGUUCAUUGCUGUCUCAGUGCUGCUAGCACACUAAUGCUAAUGAGAGAUUGACACACUGUAACAUGUGUCAGUGUUUUAUGUCAUGUUGACUGAAAGGCAGCAGUCAAAUCAUUCAGCUUUGUGUCCCAAUAAACAAAGAAACUGA